AUGGGGUUACUCAAGAGUAAAAAGACCAAGGCGGAGCGCAGACAUCAGGAGAGGCUCCGCAUGCAGAGCCCUGAGCUCUCCGUGGCCCCAGACAAGGAUCUGUCCCCUGCAGAGAAACGAGCGCUGGAAGCUGAGAAGAGAGCCAUGUGGCGGGCGGCACGAAUGAAGUCUCUGGAACAAGAUGCACUGAAAGCUCAGAUGGUCAUCGCCAAAACUCGGGACGGGAAGAAGCGUGGGACACUAGACCAGCUGACGGAGUCCCCAUCGCCGGCUCCGACGCCGUCUCCCACUCCCAUGGAAGAGCUCAGUCCUCGAGCAUUAACCUCUCCAGGCAGGCUGUCCCUGUCAUCAAAGAAGUUUGACUACCGACAGUUUGCCGCCAUUCCUUCUUCCAAACCCGUAUACGACAUUCAGACCCCUGAUGCAGCAGAGGAAGUGCAAUACAUCGACGCCUCCAGUAAUGCUGGGCACGGCCCCGAAGUGGAGGCUCCCGCCCCGCUGCCCUCCACCUCGGCCCUGGAGGAGAUGGCCCUCUACAGCAACAAACGCAAACUGAGGCAGGGCCGCCGCAGCCUGGAAGCCGCUGUGCCGACAUAACACAACCAAAACCAGUAACCCAGAGAGGUCGGCUCUCCAGAUAUAACCACUGCAAAGACUCUGAAGCUUUUGGUCGCCACAUAGAUACUCACUUAUAUCCUGCGUGCCAGUCUUGCCUUUAUAGUCUGUGGGUGAGUCGGCGAGCUCCGUACCUGGACGGGACGAGUCGGUGUGGUUAGCUAGGAUUGCUACUUGCGGAUGAAUUAUUUUCUUAAAUCUUCUGUUUGCCUCGUAGAUCAGAUCUAUUUUAACUUGAGGGUGAUCAAAGUUUUUAGUUUUCUUUUUUUUAUCUGCACCAUUGUGAUGUCGCUGUUAUGAAAAAAAAAGCAUAGUGGAAACAGGAAAUGAGAAGAAAUGGGUUAUAGUUUUACUAACUUCAGCGAUUAGAUUGUAAAGUGUCUGUUUUUAAUGAUUUGGGGUGUAAAUAUUAACUGAGGAGGGAACAGCUUGCUACCUUCAUCAUCACAUAUGGUGGACAAUAUUUUCUCUUGAAGCACAUAUCAUUUAUUCACUGCCACUGUAUCAUAAUUUAUUGUAAUUUUAGACGAAUCGAAGGCCUUCAUUCAACCCUUUCAACCCUUUUGAACUCGAGAUGAGUUCCUAAUACUCAUCUGCAUAUCACUACUUAUAGUAACUUUAUAAAAACACUUAAAUUACAGGAGGAAUUGUUGUAAACAUGAUUUAACUGUUUGGACGAACGCGUCUACUUGCUGGUUUCUCAUCGCUGCAGCCUCUGUUCAGACUAACCCUCGUUACAUUCCCCUACAGAGAGGACAACUACACUGGACACAGCAGCAGCAAAUACUCCCCAACCGAGAGUAUUAACACUUGGGAUCAUGCAUUUUAUCAUUUAUCAAUGGUACUUACCCUUUUAAGGGUAUCAUGUGUUUUUGUAUUUUCUUUUUAAAUCAAUGUGAACUGUUAAUGCUACCCUAGCAUCUUUUGCGUUAUCUGGCUAUACAUAUAUUUUUUUUAACCACAGUGAUUUGAAGGUAGCAGGGAGUUUUAUUUUUCCGACUAUGGUUAACUUAAAUCUGACGCCACUGAAAAAAAAAUCAUUUAUUGUGUGAAUAAUGUACAAAAACUGUAAGGAAGAAGAGAAAAUAUGGGUUGGAAACUGAGCCUGUCUGGACUGCUGAAGCAUCUGGGUGAGGUUGAGGCUCGGUGUUGGGAUGCUCGCCAUGUAAACUGGGAGAGCUGCAAAACAUUCUGCAGAAUCACAGCAUCGUAGCAUUUUGUUAAUUUAAUCUGCUUUACUUUUCCAUGUUGCUCUCACUGACUGAAAUUCAGUUUAUCAUUUGCUGUUUGUUUUUUCUUUUUUUCUAUUUGUAGGCAACUACCUUUUUUUUUUUUGUUCAGAAGAGUUUCACUACAUUGAUGCUGUGUUUUUAUGUUUUCUGUGUUUCUUAUUUUUGUCUCGAGUUCUUUUUGGGGGCUUUAACUUGCUAACAGGCCAGAGGGUGUGGGGUCAGACGUCAUAGGGUCAAGGGUUAUAGCUCAUAUAAGACUGUAACUAGUGAAUUUGUACAACCAAAGAAGUCUAUUUUGUGGUUCAGGAAUAAUAAAUUUUACUUUUCAUUUAAGAAGCUAA